AUGAGAAUAGCUAUUCUUUUUGGAGCCGCAAUCAUUUCCAGUGCUUUGAGUGGUAUUCUGGCGUAUGGUUUCACAUACCUGGAUGGUACUCGUGGUCUGAAUAGUUGGCAGUGGAUGUUUUUGCUUGAAGGUCUGCCGAUGAUUCCUCUCGGUAUCAUAACCUGUCUUUUUCUCAGCAAUAUACCCGAUACCGUACAAUGGUUGAAUAACAGUGAAAAACAGCUUUUGACAAAUCUUCUUCGACAUGAUGCAGGCAUUGCCAAUGGUGAAAAUGUUCGACUUUCAUGGCGACAAGCAUUCUAUGUUUUUGUCGAUUGGCGAAUAUAUUUGUAUGCACUGAUUGAUAUUGGUAUUUUGAGUGUUAUCAAAUAUAUAAAUACGUAUCUUCCGUUGCUUGUCGAAGAUAUGGGUAAUUCGAAAGCUGAAGCACAUUUAAUGACAGUACCACCUUACGUUUCCGCAUUUGUGUUUUGUCUAUUGGUUAAUUAUUCGUCAUCGCGAAGAAAUGAGCACGGCUUUCAUCUCAUAUUUUGUCUAUCUGUUACUCUAGUCGGCUUUAUUCUUAUGCUCACUCUGAUCGAUCGAGGCCAAGCGGCACAAUAUGUCAGUAUUUGUAUUGUUUGUUGUGGCAUAUUAUCGGCAUAUCCUUUGUUACUCUCUUGGUCAACAAAUAAUGUCGGCGGGUAUACCAAGAGAGCCAUCGCUAUCGGUUUUGUUGUGGGUAUUGGUCAAAUUGGUGGAAUUAUAUUACCUUUUGUGCAUUAUGAUGACUCAACCAAUCGACGUAACAAUUUUAUUUAUCUUGGAAUGGUGGCGGCUAGUUUGGUCCUUGUCAUUAUUUUACGCAUAUGUUUGAUGUUGGAGAAUCGUUGGCGAGAUAAUUUAUCACGGGAGAAGAAUAUUGAUCCAUGGGAUGCAACGCAAACUGUCGAAUGGACACCUUAUUCUAAUGCUAUAUCGUCAGAUAUCGAAGAAGCUUAUAAAUGUGGUUUCAAACAGAUAUUUGUUGACGGACAUUGUCGUAUUGAUUUGAAACACUACGUAGAAGAGCAUAUCAACAAUCCACAUCGGCAACGACCCGUUCGACGACGACGAUGUCGUCUUCCUGCAACUAUUGUUAUCGAAGGAGAAACGGAAGAUGAAUCAUCACGUCGUGAACGAUUUUCAUCUCCUUUGGGAUUAGUUUUGAGCCGCAGUGCAACAGAAGAUACAACUUAUUAUGGUUCGCCAUUUAUUCACGUUUGGUUUGAUCGAGGAGGGACAAUCCGAUAUAAAAAAUAA